CUCGCGAUAUCGCGGCCCUGACUGUGAUCUCUGUGGUUCAGUCAACAACAGUGUGGAGGAGCUGCUGCUUCAAACAUGCUCAGGGCCAUCAACAAGAGAAAUAUCAGGACUCUGUCAAGUCUCAUCCAGAGGUUUCAGAGCACGUUGGUUGUUGCAGAGCACAACAAUGACACACUGACCCCAAUCACUCUAAAUGCUAUCUCAGCAGCCAGCAAACUUGGUGGUGAGGUGUCCUGUCUGGUUGCAGGAACAAACUGUGCUAAGGUAGCAGAGCAACUUUCUCAAGUUAAGGGAGUGAAGAAUGUACUGGUUGCUCAGCAUGAUGGCUACAAAGGAUCAUUACCAGAGGAUCUGACUCCACUCAUCUUGGCAACCCAACACCAGUUCAAUUUCACGCACAUAUGCGCAGGAGCAUCUGCUUUUGGAAAGAAUCUUCUUCCCAGAGUGGCUGCCAAGCUGGAUGUUGCUCCUAUUUCAGACAUCAUUGAGGUCAAAUCCCCUGAUACUUUUGUAAGGACAAUUUAUGCAGGGAAUGCCCUUAGCACUGUGAAGUGCAAUGAGAAAAUCAAGGUCUUCACAGUAAGAGGGACAGCUUUUGAAGCUGCUGCUAAAGAGGGUGGAAGUGCUACUUCAGAACAAGUGUCUCCAGCUUCUCCUGCUGGGAUUUCAGAGUGGCUAGAACAGAAUCUGACCAAGAGUGACCGACCUGAGCUCACCAGUGCCAAAGUGGUCGUGUCUGGAGGCAGAGGUCUGAAGAGUGGUGAAAACUUCAAGCUGCUUUAUGACCUUGCUGACAAGUUAAAUGCUGCUGUUGGUGCUUCCAGAGCUGCUGUGGAUGCUGGAUAUGUCCCCAAUGAUCUGCAGGUUGGACAGACAGGAAAGAUUGUGGCUCCUGAACUGUACAUUGCAGUUGGCAUUUCUGGAGCCAUUCAACACCUUGCUGGAAUGAAGGACAGUAAGACUAUUGUUGCCAUCAACAAGGAUCCUGAGGCCCCCAUCUUCCAGGUUGCAGAUUACGGCUUGGUAGCUGACCUGUUCAAGGCUGUCCCUGAGAUGACGGAAGCUCUGAAAAAGUAACACUCAUCACCCUCAUUUCAGCCUGGGAGACAUGCCUGUAAUUGUCCUGGGAUUGUUAAUAAUAAUUCCUUAAUCCUUAAGGAAGUCCUGUAGAAGUUAUGGAUAAGAGUUAUCACUUAUCCUCUAACAGAACUUUUACAAAAAAAUCUCAUGGAUAAUACAUCAGGCCUUUCUUUGAUAAAGAAUUCAGUCUACAUAUUACUGUAUUUGAUAACAUUUGUUGAUAACAGAAGUAUUCUUAUGCCAGCUCAAAUCUACCAGUAGCAUUGUUUUUGGCUUUAUCAUGUGAAUACUUUGCAUUUACUCAGUAUGUAACAGUACAUGUAAUAAAUGUCAGCUGUCCUCUUCUAAA